AUGGGUGAUGAAAAGGAUUCUUGGAAGGUGAAAACUUUAGAUGAAAUUCUUCAGGAGAAAAAACGAAGGAAGGAGCAAGAAGAGAAAGCAGAGAUAAAACGCAUGAAAAAUUCAGAUGAUAGGGAUUCAAAGCGGGAUUCUCUUGAAGAGGGGGAGUUGAGAGAUCAUCGCAUGGAAAUAACAAUCAGAAAUUCACCUUACAGGAGGGAAGACUCUAUGGAGGACAGAGGAGAAGAAGAUGAUUCCUUGGCUAUAAAACCACCACAGCAAAUGUCACGGAAGGAAAAAGCCCAUCAUAGAAAAGAUGAGAAGAGGAAAGAGAAGCGCAGACAUCGUAGCCAUUCAGCAGAAGGUUGGAAGCAUGCCAGAGUGAAAGAGAAAGAACGGGAACAUGAGCGUAGGAAGAGACAUAGAGAAGAGCAGGAUAAAGCCCGUCGCGAAUGGGAAAGACAGAAACGGAGAGAAAUGGCAAGGGAGCAUUCCAGGAGGGAGAGAGAUCGCCUGGAGCAACUUGAGCGAGAACGAGAGAGGAAAAUCAGAGAGCAGCAAAAGGAACAAAGGGAGCAAAAAGAGCGAGAAAGGCGAGCUGAAGAAAGACGUAAGGAACGGGAAGCCAGAAGAGAAGUUUCUGCACACCAUAGAACAGUGAGGGAAGAAUAUGGAGACAAAGUAAAAAUGAGACCCUGGAGUCGCAGCCCAUUACGACAGCAAAGAGACAAGCUUGAGCAAGGAGAUAGCAGGAAACCAGGUAGCCAUUGCCACUUUAUCAUGUCUUUGCCUGCGGCAGUAAAAGAAGAGAAACCAGAAGAGAGAGAUCCUCUUUCAGACUUGCAAGACAUCAGUGACAGUGAGAGAAAGACCAGCUCGGCAGAGUCUUCAUCAGAGUCUGGAUCAGGCUCGGAAGAAGAGGAGGAGGAGUCCAGCAGUGAAGGUUCUGAGGAAGAGGGCGAGGAAGAGGAGGAGGAGGAGGAGACGGGAAGCAAUUCUGAGGAAGUCUCUGAGCAGUCAGCUGAAGAGGUGAGCGAAGAAGAAAUGAGUGAAGAGGAGGAACGGGAGAAUGGAAACCACAUCCCAGUUGUUACAGAGUCGAGGUUUGACCGAGAUUCGGCAGGAAGCGAAGUAGAAGAGGAGGAGGUAGGGGAGGGCACCCCUCAUUCCAAUGCCAUGACCGAAGGAGACUACGUUCCUGACUCGCCGGCGUCCUCCCCCAUCGAACUGAAGCAAGAGCUUCCCAAGUAUCUUCCUGCACUUCAGGGAUGUCGUAGCGUGGAGGAAUUUCAGUGUUUGAACAGGAUUGAAGAAGGAACAUACGGCGUCGUGUACAGAGCAAAAGACAAGAAGACGGAUGAAAUUGUGGCUCUGAAGCGACUGAAGAUGGAAAAGGAAAAAGAAGGCUUUCCCAUUACUUCUCUGAGAGAAAUAAAUACUAUUCUGAAAGCACAACAUUUAAAUAUUGUCACUGUCAGAGAAAUCGUUGUAGGCAGUAAUAUGGAUAAAAUCUACAUUGUAAUGAACUACGUCGAACACGAUCUCAAGAGUCUGAUGGAAACGAUGAAGCAACCAUUUCUACCAGGUGAAGUGAAAACCUUGAUGAUUCAAUUACUUCGAGGAGUCAAGCAUCUUCACGACAACUGGAUACUUCACCGAGACUUGAAAACUUCCAACCUGUUGCUCAGCCACUCCGGCAUUUUAAAAGUUGGAGAUUUUGGACUGGCCCGUGAAUAUGGGUCUCCACUGAAGCCUUACACACCCGUGGUCGUGACGCUUUGGUACAGGGCUCCCGAGUUGUUGCUUGGAGCUAAGGAAUAUUCAACGGCGAUAGACAUGUGGUCGGUGGGGUGUAUCUUUGGGGAGCUGUUAACACAGAAGCCCCUUUUUCCUGGGAAGUCAGAGAUUGACCAAAUUAACAAGGUUUUUAAGGAUCUGGGGACUCCAAGUGAAAAAAUCUGGCCGGGUUACAAUGAGCUGCCAGCAGUGAAGAAGAUGACGUUCACGGAAUAUCCCUAUAACAACCUCCGCAAGCGAUUUGGAGCGCUCCUCUCUGACCAGGGCUUCGAUCUGAUGAACAACUUUUUGACGUACUACCCAGCCAGAAGAAUUACUGCCGAGGAUGGUUUGAAGCACGAAUAUUUCCGAGAGACUCCCCUUCCUAUCGACCCCUCCAUGUUCCCCACGUGGCCAGCGAAAAGCGAACAACAGAGGGUAAAACGUGGCACGAGCCCACGACCCCCCGAGGGCGGCCUCGGCUACAGCCAGCUGGGCGACGACGAUCUGAAAGACACGGGUUUUCAUCUGACCACCACGAAUCAAGGUGCAUCGGCGGCAGGACCUGGAUUCAGCCUCAAGUUUUAAACUCAACAUGAAA